AUGCUUUUGGGUGGUGGGAACGUGGAGAAGAUGUGGUCUGUCCAGCUGUCCCUUGGAGUGCUAACCAUCUUGAUCUUGAUGGUGUGCAUCCCAUCUACACAUGGAGAGCCUUUUUUACUACAAGAGAAUCGAGUGCUUCCGGAGAGAGAAGACACAAAUCACAAGGACACACUGCUGACUCUGCUUCUUAAUAAGAAACUCGCAUGGCGGAGACCAGAAAAUAUUGACUGGGAGCUGGCAAAGAAAUUUGAAGAGCUUGAACAGCUGGAGAAGUUGAAGGAUCAGCUCUCAACUGAGGAAGGCUCAGAGGUGGCCUAUGCCUUGGAAAGCCUCUCAGCAUCCCAGCCCAAAAAACGCGCCUGCUUUUGGAAAUACUGCAUCUGAAGGCUUGCCAGGACUGGAGGAUGAAGAUGAGCCCUUCCCCAAACUGCCUUGCUGGGUAUAAAUGUGUUAUGAGUUUGUUCUGUCCUCUCAUCGUGCUAACUCGGAUGCCAUCCUCCACGACCACACCACAGCCAAGUAUAACAGGGACCGUGACAGGAGCUGGUAGCCCACUACCACUCUCCACUGUUCCUUCCUUCCAGGUUAACCUACGGUCAUCUUCUACUUGGAAGAUGCUUCCCGAUGUUCCUUGCUGUCCUGUGUGUGCCAUUCAGUCUGCUGCCACUGUACACUCUUCCCUUUCUUACCAGGUCUCCCAAAUACUGAUUCAGUUCCCUUGAGCUUGGGCCUCUGCCCACAUCUGCAGACGUUGCUCACGGUGGUGUCUGGGUUUCCCAUCACCUCCUACGAGCAGGUCUGUGAUGACCUAACACCCGCUGUUGGGACAGGAAGGCAGACUGGGUGUAAUGUGAAGGGCUCAGGGCUGCCUGCCUCGGCUUGCUGAGCCAGAGCUGUUCCUCAUCGUGUCUUGUC